GCCCAUAUACGAAUCAAUCCCAAGAAGUUCACAGAUGCCUACAGCAGCCAUCCGAAAGGUGAUGCGGAUAUUUUUAUACCCGGCACGAGGGCUCGUAAUCGAUGUUUAAAUGGUGAUCUCGCAUAUAUCAAAAUUGAGCCUCUCGUUAAGUGGAGGGUCUACGACUCUUUUUUAACGAAAAAGGUCGAAGAAUGGGCUUCCGAGCACCAUGAUCGUACUAAUUCUAAUUGUCCUUACGUAUCUCUCGGUGAUUUCAUUCACCAUGAUCCUGAGGGUUUCUCAGAGCUUUUCAAAGACUACAGAAGGGUGAUUUCGAAGAACCUUGAUAGUUUUAGGGACCCUCCAAUUCCGGAGGACUUUUUGAAUAAUUUAUCCUGGUGGCAGAUAUUUCAACGCGUGGGAAAGGUUGUGGGGAUGGCAAAGCAGUUGAACCCUCGUAUUGGAAUGGGUUAUCUACGUCCGCAGUUCGUUACAAUGUCUAAGUCGAAGGAGAGUAGUCAGGGAUCUGAAGAAUUACAGACUCCAGACACAGAAACUAAAGCCACUUCCACACAUUGGAAUAGUGCUCUUUUUAUUCCAAUAGACCCUAGGAUGCCCCGAGUUUUCAUUCCAAAAUCAAAUUGCCCACCAGAUUUUGUUCGACAACCGGAGACUUUUAAGUUUGUUCGCUUCGUCGCUGUAAUUUCACAUUGGCCUGAAGAUAGUGUAUUUGCUAAGGGCAAUUUGAUACGCCAAUUUGAUGAAGCAUCGCAUUCCUUCAUCGCCUACGAAACCGAACGAAUACUUGUGAACGCAGGCUUUGCGUACGGCCUAAAUCAGUGCAUGCGCUUCCCUGACCAUGUUGAAUCUCAUGUCACAAAACAACUCAUUCCCAGUAUUACCCCCGAGGUUCUCCGCAAAGAGAUCUCCUAUCGUCGGGAUUUCCGUUCUGAAUGUGUUUUCACUAUCGAUCCACGUACAGCAAGAGAUCUAGAUGAUGCCCUUCACAUUAAAUGCCUUUCUCAAGAGGACAUUAGAAGAGAAGCUGAUUUGGGUUUCACAGAUGUGGCCUAUGAAGUUGGCGUCCAUAUUGCAGAUGUUAGCUACUAUGUCAGACCAGGAGAUCCCGUGGAUUGUGAGGCUGAAAAUAGGGCUACUUCUAUUUACCUUAUUCAACUCUGUGUUCCCAUGUUACCUCGUCAACUCUGUGAAGAUCUGUGUAGCCUUCAUCCUGGAUCUGAUAAGCUCACUUUUUCCGUGGUGUUUAGGCUUACUUCUGAUGGACAUAUUGUUUCAAAGUGGAUAGGGAGAGCAGUAAUUAAUUCUCGAGCUAAAUUGAGUUAUGAAGACGCUCAGGCAUUUAUUGAUGAGCCGGAGAGAGAUUGGAAGGCCAGUGACCUCAAGGAUCUUAAAAGUGAUACUGAUGUCAAUGAGAUCUGCCGGUGUGUCAAUAUGCUGAAUGAGUUGGCAGUGAAGAUUCGAAGCCGAAGAUUCCAUGGGGGUGCUCUUCAACUGAAUCAAGUGAAGCCGACCUUCACCCUCUCCGAGGAGACUGGAGAACCCAUAGGCCUGGCCCCUUUCAUUGUCCGACCAGCCAAUCGGUUGGUUGAGGAGUGGAUGUUAGCUGCCAACGAGGCAGUCGCGGUUCUUCUCUCAAAAAAUCUCCCUCGCACCGCCUUACUGCGUCGGCAUCCACCACCAACCGUUAAACAACUUAAGGAGGCCAGGACAAUAUUGGAUUUCUGUGGUAUUGAUGUGGACGUUUCUUCCGCGCGCUCGAUUCAGGACUCGCUGAAUAAGUUGGCGGGUUCUCCGGAGGGAAUAAUAUGGCAGCAUUCGGACGAUUUGGCUAGCCUCUGUGCUUCAAUGAUGGGCUGCUCUGUUGAUCCAAAUUUGACCCCAAGUAAAUGUACUUCCUCUUCACAAAAAGCCGAGUUGGAACAAAGCCGUAAUCUCAGUAAAGAAUCUCAUUUACUGGCUACUCUCAACGUUCUCACUAAAUGUAUGAAUCUCGCCGAGUACUUCUGUCUUGGACAGCCAAAUGGUAUUGAUGAUAAUGGCAAUAGCAGAUACAGUUCUUUUCUGGGACACUAUGCUCUCAACAUUUCCCACUAUACUCACUUCACAUCACCCAUUAGAAGAUAUGCUGAUCUGAUUGUUCAUCGACAACUUGCACAAAUCCUUGCCACCAAGGCUUCGAUGAUGAAUUUAGAUGAGGUAGCAUCAAGUUACCGCGCAACCUCAAAAUCUAAAUUCCUCCAUAAACCGGAUAACCUUGCUAGGAUUGCCGAUGUCUGCAACGCACGCAAAUUAAACAGUCGUAAGGCCAGCGAAGACUCUGUAGAACUCUUUUUCACCGUCUUUGUGAAGGACUGCGGCCCUCUGGUUGAAGCCUGCUCUGUUAUCAAUAUACUUGAUAGGGCCUUCGACGUACUCAUUCUCUCCACGGGUCUUGUUCGACGUGUCUACCUCAAUAAACUUGAUCUAGUCGGAUGGGAAUAUGAAAAGUUGGAGGGAAGUGGGAAAAAGGGAAUAACGGGAGUAGGAGUUCUUCAUCUUCAGUGGAAAGUUCAUCCAUUGGAAUCCAGUGAGAAGAAUGGAGAGAAAGAGGAGUCUUCUUUCGAUGUGCCCACAGAUCCAGCUAUCCUGGAGUCGGUAGUUGCACCACCCUGCAAUUGUUUCCAACAAGAAAUUCACUUGUUUGAUCUUGUGCGCUGCUCAGUCAGUAUAGAGGGUCUGAACAAGUUAGAGGAUGGAACUCCUGUAGUUGCAGUUAGCAACAACGAUGCUGAUACUUUGAAUAGUUCCAAGCUGGAUGAAUCGUCAUCCACCCUGGAAACUUCACUUUCUAAGCCCCAGCAAAGUGGCGGAGAAAUUAGCGAUCAAACUCUGAACUUACGGCCGUUAACGGGUCGAAUUUGCUACACCUCCCCUACAUCGGCCUUUGUCAUAAAUCCCUCAGAUGGAAAUAAGAUUUUCAUCUAUUCGAAGGCUCUAAAUAGAGCUCUUCCAAAUGAUAUUGUCGCCGUGAAGCUGAAAAAUCCGGGGUCUUGGCGAGUUCGGGCAUUUCUUGAAGCAUCCGAUGAUUCCCGAUCAAGUAGUCGAUUAACAAAUACUUCCCCUAUCAUUCCUGCUGAAGCUGAGGAAGAACUUAUUGACGAAUCUUCUGAGGAAAUCGGGUCUGAAUCACUCUCGACCCUUAGUUUCCCUUCGUUUCAGCUAAGUUUAGAGCGAGGAGGCUCGAGUGUGAAUUCCUUCAAAACAAUUCCCUUUCCAUCAGUUCGUGAAGUUCUGCAGACAACUCCUUCCCUUCUUCCUCGUCUUUUCCCUGGUAUGAGUUCAUUGUAUGCACUAGAGGAGCAGAAACCAAUGACUCCCCUUCCUAGUCCACAUUUACUCAGAACUGGUAGGGUGGUGGGUGUUUUGAGUGAAGAUUCGGCGAGCAGACGACUAGUUGGCCGAUUGGUGUUUGAAUCGGCUAUGGUUAUGCCGUCCGCCUUCGCUGAAGCUGAAUCGGUGGAUGAAUUUGCGAGACCUCAGCAGGGUGUUGUCGAAGGAAGUGAUGGACUCCCGAUUUCAGUGCCGGCUGUGAACUGCUUUUUUGUUCCCGAAAAGCCUAACUUCCCAAGGAUUAAGGUCUUGCCUUCCUCGGUUCCAAAUGAUGUUUGUCCUUCAACAGAUCUUUGGGAAAAUCCGCACAAAGCUGAGGGUGUUAGAUAUAUCUGCAAGAUUGAAGACUGGCCAGCUUUUUCUUCUUGUCCCAAAGGAUCUCUAUGUGGUCACAUUGGCAAUCUUCAUGAGAUCGAACCAGCUACCCAGGAGAUUCUCUUAUCUCAUGGUAUCCAUGAGGAUGAUUUCACGGAGGAGAUGUUGAAAGACUUACCGGUGUCAGAAGAGGAUUUCAAGAUCCCCAACUAUGAGUAUCUAAGGCGAAAGGACUUCCGAUCACACUGUGUGGUAUCUAUAGACCCCUCCACGGCGAAGGACAUGGAUGAUGCACUCCACGUAAGGAUGUGCACAAAAGACACCAUCGAAGUUGGUGUACAUAUUGCCGAUGUGUCCUACUUUGUGCGCCCCUUCUCAGCUCUUGACCGCGAAGCUGCAAACCGAACUACCUCCACAUAUCUAGUCCAAAGGGUCAUUCCAAUGUUGCCAGCGAUCCUAUCAGAGCGUCUUUGCAGUUUGAAUCCUGGUGUCGAUCGACUUGCAUUUUCUGUUAUCUUCAAGGUUGAUCGUAAUGCAAACGUAAGUCCUAUUCUUUUAAAAUUGAUAACAUCUCCUCUGGUUAAUUAA